AACUGUCAUGAAUUAAAAAUAAAUAAUAACCUAAAUUUAUGAAAAAAUACAAUUCCGCGUAUAAUAGUCGAGUUAAUUUUAUAAUUAAAUAAAUCUUACAUACCGUAUAACACUAAUAAAUUGAUAACUCUACAAAGUGGAAUCAGCGUCCUAUUUGAGUGUAUAGUCCAAAAUUCACAUUAAAAUGUUGCUUCCAAAGAACAUUCACCGGAAUUUUAUUCUACCUAUAAAAAUGAACAAAUGUUCGAGAUUGAUAGUUUGUAGUCGUAAUUUAAAUACAGAUUCGAAUGCGCAACAUAAAAUCAAAGACAAAUACGAUGUUAUUGUUGCCGGCGGCGGAAUGGUUGGAUGCACUAUGGCUUGCGCUUUAGGAAAGAACUCCAUACUUUCAAAUUUAAAAGUGCUGUUACUGGAGGGCAGUCCCAGUCCGCGGUUUAAUCUAAAGCCGGAAUAUAGCAACCGGGUAGUGGCCUUGAGUCAGAACACAAAGACUUUGAUGACCUCUCUUAAGGCCUGGAGACAUGUGGAGGAUAUGCGUCUGCAGCCUGUACGACAUAUGCAAGUAUGGGAUGCCUGCUCUGAUGCCUUGAUUACAUUCAGCAGUUCCGAGAUCUUAGAUGAUGAUGUGGCAUACAUAGUAGAAAAUGAUGUGUUACAACAUGCUGUAAACACUGAACUGGCUUCUCCUGAAGUGAAGAAUGUAGACAUAGUAUAUGGAGCCAAAAUCUCCGGGUAUGAGUUAGCUAAAAACAAUAAAAUGGAUAGCUUGGUGACAAUGGAGAAUGGAGAUUGUUAUUCCUGCAAAUUAUUGAUCGGCGCGGACGGAGCCAAGUCAGCCGUGCGCGAGGCUAUGGGCGUGCAAUACUUGUCGUGGAGUUACGACCAGAUGGGCGUCGUUGCCACCUUGGAGUUAGCUGAGGAAACUGAAAACACAACAGCAUGGCAGCGGUUCCUCCCCACUGGUCCUGUUGCGUUAUUGCCCCUCAACUCCAGACAGAGCUCCCUCGUGUGGUCCACGAACGUGGAACACGCCAAGCAGUUGCUCCAACUGCCUGAGGAACAGUUCGUCGAUGCGCUGAACGAUGCCUUGUGGAAGCAGUACCCUCGCAGCGGUACCGUAGACACCAUGACAUCCUGGCUAAGCUCGUGCCUGAAGAACCUAGGUCUCCCGGACGGCACAGCCCGGCAAUUACCUCCUUCAGUCCGUGAGAUCGUGCCCAAAUCGCGAGCCGCCUUUCCUCUAGGGUUUGGGCAUAGCACUCGGUACAUCGCUCCCGGUGUCGCACUUAUAGGAGACGCGGCGCACCGCGUGCACCCGCUGGCGGGGCAGGGCGUCAACCUCGGCUUCGGCGACGUGCGCGACCUCGCCGCGUGCCUCUCCGACGCCGUCUACACUGGAUUACAUUUGUGUGACAACUCCUGGCUAGAGAAGUACGAGACGUCCCGCCAACGCCACAACGUGCCGACACAGCUGGCGGUGGACGCGCUGCACCGGCUGUACAGCGUGGAGCUGCCGCCGCUGGUCCUCGCGAGGAGCCUCGGCCUGCAGCUCACCAACGCGCUGCGCCCCGUCAAGAAAAUGAUUAUGUCGCAUGCUACAACGUAAGCGGCCAAAGAAAAGCGUAUCUCAAACGGUGCACGGCAGAAAAGGCUGAUAAAUAUGAUUAAGAAUGGAUGAAGAUUGAAGAGUUCAGAGUCCGCAACAAGCUCGGCCGAAUUUGACCUACCCAUACAAACGGAGUUUCGUUCUCAUUUUAAAACUACGUGUUGGAUUGUAAUGGAACCUCGCACAUACAAUGACACACACACACUUUAUAUAGCUAUAGCUUAUAAAACAAACGAAAUAGAGCAAAAACAAGUUUUAUAUGAAAAACUUAAAACGCUGUAUUUUUUUAACUAUGGUAUCUGAAGCUACAUAAACUAAUUACAGGACUAGAUAUACCUUAUCCUAUUGUAAGUACAAACCUUCAGAUCAAUCUAGCUAGUCGUUUUAAAAUGACAGCGUAACUACCUUUGUAUGGAGGACCGAGCUUGCUUGAUAUUAUAGUUAGAAUAGAAUAGAAGAAAUUUAUUCAGAAAACGCUUAAGUUUAGGGAAUACAUGAGACGACAGAAUCAAUUUAUUAUUAAGCGUCACUGAAAAGGUCUCCACUCAGCUUAAUGUCAAGAUACCACCUAAGGAUCUCGACGUUGGUCUUCCGUGGAAACCGUAGUUUGUACCUGAAGUGGAAGUGUGCAAUUAUUUAAGAACCGGUUGAUGGUAAAAGUAUAACUUUGUUGUUGAGUUUUAUAAUUUUGGUAAUUUUUAUCUAGAAGUUCCCGUUUGUAAUAUAUUAACGUGUUUGUGGAAAAUAAAAUCUUGUGAAAUGUUGAAAA